UACGUGGCCGUGAUGAGUCGAGUACAUUGAGUGGAAGGUGAGGUACGUGUAUGAACGGUGGAAGUUGUGCACAAUUUGCCUCUUUUUUUCUGCAAGCAGGUCGCCACCGAUUGCUUUGAUCUCGAGUUUAGCUUCGACCAGGCGUCUUGGGCAAAGUCACUCUUUCCGGAAGUUUCUGCAAGGCACCAUUCACUCACUUCCAAAAAAAAGCUGAACCCGGAAGACGGAAACUGCAAGAAUGACUCAAGCAGCUAUCAUACUAGGGGUCGUGCUGGCAGUCGGCCUACAGUUUGCCGCGUGCCAAGUGUCUGUCAUGAGAUGGUGCACCACCUCCAGCCAUGAGGAGCAGAAAUGCGUGGACAUGAAGACAGCAUUUGCCGCUAACUCCCUCAAGACACUGAACUGUGUUGCUGGUGAAAGCGCUUCGCACUGCAUGGAACUCAUCAACACCAACCAGGCUGAUUUGAUUACGCUGGAUGGCGGCGAUGUCUACACAGCCGGAAUGCGCUUUAACAUGAUACCCAUCAUGCAAGAAGUCUACGCAGGCAACGAUAAGGGCUACUACGCCAUUGCCGCGGUGCGUAGGGACAACCCUGGUUUCGAUCUUCGAACUCUCCGAGGCAAGAAGUCCUGUCACACUGGCGUCAGGAAGACGGCCGGCUGGAACGUCCCCAUCGGAUACCUCCUGCAGGCAGACCUUAUCAACCCGGCCAAAUGCCAAGACGAUAUCCGCGCCGCCGGAAACUUCUUCAACCAAAGUUGCGCCCCAGGUGCUUUGUCAUCAACCUACAACCCCGACAAUGACAACCCAGAGAGCCUGUGCGCCUUGUGCAAGACCACCAGCCCUGUCAAGUGCCCUCGCAACUCCAACGAACCCUACUACAACUAUGCUGGGGCCUUCAGAUGCAUGGCGGUCGGGGACGGGGACGUGGCGUUCAUCAAGCCCCAGACGAUCGACGAGAACACGGACAGGAACAACCAGGAGAGUUGGGCCGUCAGCCUGCAAUCGACUGACUUCCAGCUCCUCUGUAAAGAUGGUAGCAGGGCAGACGUCGGGCAGCACAUGCAGUGCAACCUUGCUUAUGUGCCCUCCCACGCCGUCAUGGCCUCAAAGAAUUUCGACACUGCUGUCCUGGAGGAUUUCCGAACUGUUCUCAAGCAGGCACAGGACCUGUUUGGACAGGAUUCCAACACCAACGGUUUCUCCAUGUUCGAUUCCAGCCUUUACGACGGCGGGUCUGAUCUGCUGUUCAAGGACUCGACCGAGUCUCUGGCUGACGUUACAACGGAUUACGACGAGUUUCUGGGCGCAGACUACAUGGCAACAGUGAAAGGUCUGGAGAAGUGCCCCAAAGGCAGCCUGCGUUGGUGUGUGACCUCUGCCCAGGAGAAGACAAAGUGCGAGGCGAUGACUGCGGCGUUCACAGGCGCUAAUCUCACGCCUCCGAUCUCUUGUUACCAGUCAGAGUCUGCGGACCUUUGCACCAUGGAAAUUGCAGAUAAUGAAGCAGACUUGGUCUCGCUAGACGGUGGGAAGUUGUACAAGCACGGACGGGAGGGCAGGGUGGCACCUAUCAUGGCGGAAGACUACGGCUCGGGCGAUGCCAGCUACUGGGCCGUUGUCGUGGUGAAACGCACCUCCACCUUCACCAUUAACGAUCUCAAGGGGAAGAAGUCUUGUCACACUGGCUACAUGAGGACUGCUGGCUGGUUGGUGGCCAUUGGUUUCCUGCUCAACCGUGGUGAUAUCGUCAGUGAUGAGAAAUGCCAGAUCCCCAAAGCAGUUGGUGAGUUCUUCAGCCAGAGCUGUGUUCCCGGAGUCCUGGAUCCUGUCAACAACCCCUCCGGCACUAACCCAGACAAUCUGUGCGAGUUGUGUAGCGGCCAGGGCGAUAAUAAAUGCAAAAGCAACGCUAACGAGCCGUACAGUGGAUACGCUGGCGCAUUCAGGUGUUUGGUCGCCGAUAGCGGCGAUGUUGCCUUCGUCAAGCACACCACCGUGGGCUCCAACCCUGAUGUCCAAAAGGCAGACUACCAGUUGCUCUGCCCAGACGGCAGCCGAGCUGAGGUCGACGAUUAUCUAAACUGCAACUUGGCCAAGGUGCCGUCUCACACCGUAGUGACCGCUCAGACUAAGACGGACGCGCAGAGGCGAGAGAUGGUCACUCUGCUGAAAAAUGGUCAGGACCGAUUCAAAUCGGACGCUGGUGCUGGAUUCAAGAUGUUCGACUCAGCAGACUAUGGCGUGGGCGGCGACGAUCUUCUCUUCAAGGACUCCACGGUUCAGCUGACCGAGACCGCGAACAGCUACGACAAAUUCCUGAGUAAGGAGUACCUGGAGGACACGGAGGCUAUCUACUGCGAGCCAAAGGGGCCUGGCGGGGCCGCAGGUCUGCUGCCCUCGCUCCUGCUGAUGCUGGCUGCCGUAGUGAUGCACCGCCUCGCCCGUGGCUAAGAGGAGAGGAGGACGCCCUCCAGAGCAUCAUUGGGCCUCGAUGAGAGGGCCUCAAAGUCGGCACGAGAAGUGUCACAUUCUGGCAGCCUGGGAUUUUCGGCGUGAGUCGACGCCACGACUGGGGAGUCUCUCAACUUUAACUGUGGCCUGUUUUUUGUUUUUGUUUCUCAUAUUUCAAAGUAGGUAGAAAAGAUUUGUGGGUUGUGUGUGGGAAAUUUUCCAUAGUUUCCAUUCAUUCUGAUUGGUUUUCAUUCGGAUAUCUAGGUAUUCAUGGGUUUUGACUUCAUAAUGGUGAUCAUUUCGUAAUUCUUUGUGAGGGUGUCGCUUGCAGUUGAAUUAUUUUUCAGUUGAAUUUUAAUUGACUGCAACUGGCACAGGAAGACAAAAGUUGUGUGGAUUUUUAAUCAUUCAUAGGAAUUGUUGACUAACAGUUUUUCUUCACAGCUUUGCAUCAUCUGCAUCAUCCUUGCUUUUUUGCUUAGCUUAUUGAGCUGUUCUGUUGCUUUCUUUAUUUCAUCAAAUCCUAGUUGCUUAGUUGUUUAUUAAAAGUAGUGUGCAAAUUAACAGGCUCAUUUUUUUGAGAAAUUUCGUGGAACGGGAAGUUUGACAGAAGAAAGUGGAUUUUUUUUAAUCCGUGGACGGUAGACUGGUGUGAACAGAGUGAUGUGCCAGCCCUUCCAAGGAGGAACCGGACUGAACUGGACUGGACCAGAAUCAGACCGGAUUGAACUGGUUCCAUGGCAGAGUACACCAUUGGUUUCUGGUGGGUUCCAGCCAGAACCGGCUAAAGAGAACCAGUUCAAACUAGAUCCAGCUGGGUUCAGUUUCCAGCAUAAGAUCAUAUUGGGUUUCUUAUGAAUGCGUGGCACAAGUACCCCCUCAAGUGUUGAACACAAGAAAGGGUGACUGAAUAGAAGGACCACUUGGCGCAAAGUGAAUAGCGCCCCCUCUUGUUUACAAAUGGAGGUCAUACUUGGGGGAGUAAUUUACAACUAGUCCAGAUUGGUUUCAUCAAGUAUGUGCAGUAUUUAGAGAAGACAUUGCAUUACAGAUGGUUUUUAAGAAAUUGGUAGAAAACAAAUUAUGUUUCCAUCGCUGUAAAACAAAAAAAUGGGCAACUCUUCUUGCUAAAAAGUUUUAAAAUGUAGCUAUUACCAUUCCUAUUGACAGCGCUAUGCAAUUCAUCAAAUUUGAAUCUCUCUUCAAAAAAUUACUAACAUGACCAAACUUUUUCCUUGAAACAAGCAUUUGCGAAGUGAAGCUCUGAAACAGCAAGCUUGCAAUAGUUGCUUAAUCUUGUUUUCCAAUUGUUCCCCCCCCCCUUUUCUAGCUAACUGAACAAUCAUACGCGUGCUUUAUUUUUCUUCCAAAUUUAUUUCACACAUGCAGCAGUGGCUACUUACCUAAAAUCUUUCUCGGCUAUUUUAAAAAUUAAUUUCCCUACAUUCUUUACGGGAAUUUCGUCAUGGUGAUUGAUUUCACCAAACACCUUAUACAUUCACUGUCAGAAAUGCCUUUCUUUUAUGGGGAAAAAAAUUGUAGCUGAUGUUUUCUCAUUCUAAUAAUUGUUUUCUUAUACCUGUUAACUGAAGAUUUUUUUGGAGAGAAAAAACAGCCAAAUUUCAGGGGAGAAAAUAUAUCUAUUGAAUUGGAAAUCUUUUACAAUCAUUUUUUUUUGCUGCGGAUUUGCCGACUUUGAGACCUUCCCAUAAUGCGGUGCAGUUAUUUUGAAAAAAAAAAGACAAUUUUGUAGUAAUCUCGACAUUAGCCAAUGUGCCAUGAUUGAUUGUAUACUCAGAUUUGAUUGACUUAAUGGAUUUAAUUUUUAUACCGCAUGCAGUUUUAGUAAUUAUGCAUUUGUAUAAAAUGGUCUUAACAAUUUGAUGCUAUAAUUUGACACCAUUUUUAACAAUGCUGUAUGGUGACAUUUUAACCGUCUAGGAACCUCAACAACUAAAAUGUUGGCCAACAAAACGCAUUCCCUGUCCUUUUCCCCGUACUUUUUCCGGGCUUCACCUCGAAAAAUAAAUACAUUUUUUGUUUCCAUUUCUAUUUUCCUUGCAAUAUAAAAGUGAUACACUUUUGAAUUAGACAUUGAACA